UACUCUAUGUUCUGCUGUGUCUCUGUGGUUUUUAUUUAUUUACGUAAAAUCUGAAAACGUGAAAAUAGUGUUUAAUACUGCUUUAACUUCAAUAAUUAAUUCACUUGCUUAAAAAACCUGAACGAAACAAUCUAAGGAUGGCUAAUUUUACUACAGAUGGAAAAAUAUGCAUUGAAAGGGAAAUCAAGGCACGGGAAACUGAACUCGAAAAAGACGAUCUUAUUCCACGUUUUAAUCUACUUGAAACAUGUAAAUGGAUUACAGAAAAUAACUUCAAUAAGGUUUGUCUACAAUUCCCUGACGAACUCCUUGGCAUAAGCGCAGACAUUUACGAAGAAAUCAAAAAUAGGACAUCUGCGGACUUGUACAUUCUCGGGGACACUUCUUACGCAAGCUGCUGUGUGGACUCUGUUGCAGCAAUGCAUGUGCAGGGUGAGGCAGUGGUACACUACGGCCACUCUUGCUUCACUCAGACCAACAUUCCAGUGUUCACUGUAUUGCCUAAACAUCACCUAAACGUUGACGUCACAAAGAAAUUGUUAACUGAACACAUGAAGUGUGUUGAAAAUACUAAAUUGUGCCUAUUCUAUGGUGCAGAGUAUGAACAUUGUAAAGAUGAAAUCACUCUUUUCUAUUUCCAACAAUACCCUGAAAGUUAUGUUGCUUAUAUAGAAAAGCAGGAUAUUCCUAACAAAUAUCUAGGCAGGGUGAUAAAAAAUGAAAGAAAUGAAACAUUUUCAAUAGAUGAUGUACAGGACUGUGUCUGUGUUUAUGUUGGAUCAAGGGGACAGACAUCAUUCAACUUUAGUAUAUCCAUUCCAGCAUCCAAAUGGUACCUACUCGACCCAGAUGAUAAUAAGAUAACCACUAUAGAGGAGUCUGUGUGGUCUAAGAGGAGGAGAUAUUUAGUAGAGAAAUGUAGAGAUGCCAAUGUGGUUGGCAUCCUGGUGUGCAAGCUAGCAGGAGACCAAACUAAGGAUAUCAUCAGCAGAAUGAAACAGUUAUGUAAAGUGAAUGGAAAGAAAAGCUAUAUUGUGUCUGUUGGGAAACCUAAUGUUGCUAAACUUGCAAACUUUCCAGAGAUUGACAUAUAUGUAAUGAUAGCAUGCCCAGAAAAUGAUUUAUACAGCUGCCGUGACUUCUACAGGCCUAUAGUUUACCCGUUUGAACUAGAAGUUGCUCUGAAUUCAAACAGAGAGGCAUAUUACAAUCACCAUGUGACCGACUAUGAUGAACUUCUGCCUGGCAAAAGACACCACUGUGAAAUUAGUCACAUCAAAGAAACAACAGAUGUUAGCCUUAUUACUGGAAAUAUAAGAGAAACUAAAAUACAAAAUAGUGAACUCGGUGAUAGUGGCAUGGAAUUGGUGGAAAAACAGAAUUGGGCAUUGGAGAGUAUUGGUAGCAAUCUUCAAAACCGGUCAUGGUCUGGGCUGGAACAGAAGUUGGGAGAGACUGAAAUUAAAAAGGCAGAAGAGGGCAGAAAAGGGAUACCUUUGCAAUAUAGUAAUGAGCCUGAAUAAGAUGUACCAUAUAUGUGGUCAGUUUAUAAAGAUGAUUUGUUGGUGUUAGCUUUUCCAGACAAUAGUUUUUGAUGUCUCUUCUUCUUCUUCUUGAAGUAGCUAAUGGGAAUAAUUUUAAACUAAGUAAUACAAUGGUGAAGAAAAACAUUGUGAGCAAACCUGCACACCAGAGAAUUUUCUUAAUUCUCUGCAUUUGUUAAGUCCGCCAAUCUGCAUUGGGCCAGCGUGGUGGACUAUUGGCCUAACCCCUCUCAUUCUCAGAGGAGACUCGAGAUCAGCAGUGAGCUGAAUACGGGUUGAUAACGAUAUGAAGUAAUACAAUUCUUGUUUGUGGGUCUGUACCAACUGGGUUCAGCUUAACUUACUAAUGUCCCAUACAAGGAGAGAGCAUAGAGGAGAUUGUUUGGUAUGGCCAAGUUCAAGUUUGAAAAUCAACUAAAUAUUAUCAAUGAAUUGGUUGAGAAGUAAAACAAGGGAAAAGGUUACAAUAAUAAAAAUAUGAUCCACAAUAAUUUUCAAUAAUUUAUUUAUUACAUAGUUUUAGUAUUUAGUGAGACUUAGAGGUUAAAUAUAUAACUUCAGAAUGAUUA